UCAUACGCACUCAAACACACGCGCGUGCGCGCACAUACAAACACACGCACGCCGAAGCGCGCGUACGGACCGACAGGGAAAAAACGAGCGACAGAAGAACAGUCCGUGCGUCGGGAUCUCCGCCACAUACUUAUAUGCGAGCUCCGUCGGGAUUUACAACUCGUCUUUCUUUCUCGCGUUCUCCCUCUGCUUCGUUUCUGCGUCGCUCGACACUGCGGAGUCUGCUUUUCAAACUCUACUGUGCCACUGGCCGAAACGGAGGCUGAGCUCGUGCGCAAGCAAGCGGAGCUGUAAAGUUCAGCCGGUUGUAUUGGAAACAUGACGGAUUUAAGAAGAGGGAUUUUGAAGCAUCUUUUUAUCCCGAGUUAGAAUGGAUUGACAUGUCCAAGGUAUUUUUUUUCCCUUUGUUGUUUAGUAAACCACAGGUGCGUUUUAAUUCGAUAGCGUGGACAUUUCACAAUGAGUCUUGAAUGCGUUUAAUUACAGGACUGUGCGGGGGUUCAGAUUACUGGAUGUAUUCAUGGUGAAAAAAAGAAAGACUGAAGAGAAUAAAUUGUUAGGGAAACGGAGGAGAGAGAGCGGCGCUCCGCCGCAAAACCACUGUAGUUGAAGCGCGCGCUGAGAAAACCGGCGGCAGCACGAAACAGAAAGGCAGAACGCUUUGUUUUUUAGCAAACUGUUGAUGAAAACAAGUUUACAUUAUUUUCCUUCUCCGAGAACGGUGAUUAGAGACUGUGCGCAAUGAGGAAUACCGGCUCGACGGACUGCCUCUGCUACUGCUUUCUGCUGCUGCAGCUGCUGACUCAGCCCGCGGCCAAACAAGUGCUGCGAUACCGCCUGGCUGAGGAAGGUCCCGCCGAUGUGCGCGUUGGGAACGUGGCUGCUGACCUCGGCAUUGUCGCCGGAUCCGGAGAAGUCACUUUCACUCUUGAAUCUGGCUCUGAGUACUUCAAGAUUGACAACAUCACCGGCGACUUAAGCACCAACGAACGGCGCAUUGACCGCGAGAAACUGCAGCAGUGUCUGAUGAUAUUCGACGAGAACGAGUGCUUCAUAGACUUUGAGGUGUCCGUGAUCGGGCCCGCGCAAAGCUGGGUAGACCUGUUCGAGGGCAAGGUCAUCAUUUUGGACAUAAACGACAACACGCCUUCGUUCCCGUCACCUGUGCUCACUCUCUCUGUGGAGGAAAACAGGCCGAUCGGCACGCUUUAUCUCUUGCCCACGGCCACUGACAGGGAUUUUGGCAGAAACGGGAUAGAAAGGUACGAGUUGAUUCAGGACAGCGGAGAAAGCUCCGUGCGCAGGAUAGGCUCUGGAGGCUCUGCUAAUGUCGACUCUCAUAUGGGCAAAAGAAGAUUUGACGACAGCGCGAGUCGGAGUAGCGUCUUUGAACUUCAGGUCGCGGACACAACAGACGGAGAGAAACAGCCGCAGCUGAUUAUUAAAGGCGCACUGGACAGAGAACAGCGCGACUCUUACGAGCUGACUCUGCGUGUUAGGGACGGCGGCGACCCCCCGCGCUCCUCUCAAGCCAUCCUUAGAGUAAUGAUUACAGAUGUGAAUGACAACAGCCCGCGUUUUGAGAAGAGUGUAUAUGAAGCAGACCUACCUGAGAACAGCUCCCCUGGCGCCCCCAUCCUCCAGCUUAAGGCAAUAGAUGCUGAUGUUGGGGUUAAUGGCCAGAUUGAAUAUGUUUUCGGGGCAGCCACUGAAUCAGUGCGGCGACUGCUGCGGUUAGAUGAGAGCACAGGGUGGCUUACUGUAUUACAUAGGAUUGAUCGUGAGGAAGUAAGUCAGCUGCGGUUCAUGGUCAUGGCCCGUGAUCGUGGUCAGCCUCCCAAGACAGACAAGGCAACGAUGAUUAUCAAUAUCAAAGAUGAAAAUGACAAUGUCCCAAAUAUUGACAUAAGAAAAAUUGGACGUAUUUACUUGAGAGACGGUGUGGCAAAUGUAGCAGAGGACGUAGUGGUAGACACACCUAUCGCGCUAGUGCAAGUGUCUGAUCGUGACAAGGGGCCGAAUGGUAUCGUGACAUGCACAGUGGUUGGUGAUGUGCCCUUCCAACUGAAGCCUGCGAGCGAGAUAGAGGGUGACAUGAACAAAAAGAAAUAUUUCCUGCACACGUCAGCGCCUCUUGACUACGAAGCCGUGCAGGAGUACAACGUUGUCAUAGUUGCUGUAGAUUCAGGCAGCCCCAGUCUGUCUGCAAACAACUCAUUAAUUGUGAAAGUUGGAGACAUGAACGACAAUCCACCUAUAUUUAGCAAAAGCACAAUGGAGGUCUCGUUUUCAGAGAACAAUGGUCCAGGUGAACGUGUAUUGACUGUAGUGGCCUUGGAUGCAGACAGUGGUAAAAAUGCAGAACUCUCAUACUCAUUGGACUCAUCUGUCAAUGGAAUAUUUUCCAUUGAUCCAGACAGUGGUGAUAUUCGUGUGAACACAAUACUUGAUAGAGAGCAAACAGAGCGGUAUGAGUUUAAAGUAAUUGCCAAAGACAAAGGUAUACCUGUUUUACAGGGCUCAGCUACAGUGGUGGUACUGGUGGCAGACAAGAACGACAAUGAACCAAAGUUUAUGCAGGAUGUUUUUACCUUCUAUGUAAAGGAGAACUUGCAACCCAACAGCCCUGUAGGCAUGGUAACAGUAAUGGAUGCAGACAAGGGGCAUAAUGCUGAGAUGAGCCUCUACAUUGAGGAAGAGGAAGAAAUUUUUUCCAUUGAGAACAACACAGGAACCAUCUUUUCUACUGUGGCCUUUGACCGUGAACAGAAAACCACAUACUCAUUCCGUGUUAAAGCUGUUGAUGGUGGGGACCCACCUCGAUCAGCCACGGCCACCGUUUCGCUUUUUGUUAUGGACGAAAAUGAUAACCCACCAACAGUCACUUUUCCCCUUAACAGCUCCUACACUCUGUUACCUCCAUCCAGCAGUUUGAGAACAGUCGUCCGGACUGUCAUAGCUACUGAUACUGACACAGGUGUCAAUGCUGAUCUCAGCUACAGUAUAGUAGGAGGCAACCCCUUCAAGUUAUUUGAAAUUGACCCUGGGAGUGGCGUUAUUUCAUUAGUUAGUAAACUGGAACAGAAACACUAUGGCCUUCACCGCCUAGUAGUGCAAGUUAAUGACAGUGGGUUUCCAUCGCAGAGUACCACCACGCUAGUGCAUGUCUAUGUCAAUGAAACACUCUCUAACUCCACAAUAGUAGAAGCCAAAAUUGCCAAAAGCCUCGGUACACCUCUUAAUGCCGACAUUGCAGGAGACCCCAACUAUGACCUGGGCAAGCAGCGUUUAAGCAUUGCUAUCGGAGUGGUGUCUGGCAUCAUGACUGUCAUCCUCAUCAUCCUCAUUGUGGUCAUGGCCCGCUACUGCAGGCCCAAGAACAAGAAUGGCUAUGAGGCUGGUAAAAAAGACCAUGAGGACUUUUUUACCCCACAGCAGCAUGACAAGAGCAAGAAGCCCAAAAAAGACAAGAACAAAAGAAAGACUAAGCAGCCCCUGUAUAGCAGUAUUGUCACAGUUGAGGCAUCAAAACCUAAUGGACAGCGAUAUGAUGGUGUCAAUGAGAAACUCUCUGACAGUCCUGGGAUGGGGCGUUAUCGCUCUGUUAAUGGUGGGCCUGGAAGCCCAGACCUUGCCCGCCACUACAAGUCCAGCUCACCUUUACCCACUGUUCAGCUUCAUCCACAGUCUCCCACAGCAGGAAAAAAGCACCAGGCUGUCCAGGAUCUGCCGCCGGCCAACACCUUCGUGGGCACCGGAGAUAACAUAUCCAUUGGAUCCGACCACUGCUCUGAGUACAGCAGCCAAACCCUCAACAAGUACAACAAGCAGCCAUUCCGCCGAGUGACGUUCUCGGUGGUGAGCCAGCCCCAGGACCCUCACCAGGGCUCUCUGCAGAGCUGCUACGACAGUGGCCUUGACGAGUCGGAGACGCCGAGCAGCAAGAGCUCCACAGGCCCCCGGCUGGGAGCCCUCCCCCUCCCCGAGGAUGCCUAUGAGAGGACCACGCCGGAUGGCAGUGUCGGUGAGGCAGAGCAUAUGGAAAAUGACUCUCGGCCCCUGCCGGAUGUAGCCAUGACGGGAAAGUGUACACGCGAGUGUGAUGAGUAUGGCCACUCAGAUGCCUGCUGGAUGCCGGUGCGCACUUCACCCGAGCGCAGGCCCAAGGCCACCCCUCCCAAACUCUCCACCUUCAACUCCAGCUCAGCCGGAUGCAGCGGCGCUGAACCGGCCACGAGCACUGAUCCACUUGCCGUGGCCAAUGGAGAGCCCUCUCACCUGCUCGGAGACCGCAAUCGCAAUCUCCUCAACAAGAAAUUGGCCUCCUCCUCUUCCUCCUCCUCGGCCUACGACGCUUUCAGCUCAGCCACCUUCUCUUCUAGUGAGGAAACAUCUCGGCCUGUUGAAGAGAUUCCACUGGCACCCACAGGCGAAUAUAAACCCACGCAAUGCGGGACACUUACCAGGCGUGAGGUUUACCUGUGAAUGUCCUGAUGAACGAGUCACAAGUCACAAUUCCAUACAACGAUGACUCUUUGGAGAUUUCAGAGACGCUCUUGGCGCCUAAUGUGCUUGUUUGAUGUAAGCAGUGAGUAGAAGACCUAAAAGCAUGGAAAAAAAAAAUCAUCUUGUUGUUUGUAGAUAAGGAGGAUACAAAGGAGGAGGAGGAGAAAAAGGCAGAGGUGGAGAGAGAGGGAUGCUGGUGGAUGAGUCCUGUGUCAUUUUGCUGCUAGCAUUCCGGGCCCUCUGACUUUUCCCAAAAGUGCUGCCUGGUUGUGUAGAAUUAAUUAUAAGCAUGCAUGCAAAAUCUAGCCCUUAAUGACUUGGACUAUACUUCUUAAGAGUUUUAUCCUUUUUUGUUCAUUUUUUUUCUAAUUAAUGCUAAAUAGAUGGCAGAAGGCAAGACUGGUGCUGUUUUAUUUUUUAUUUUUAAUCAUUAUUUCAUGUUAGUGUUCCAGUAGGGAAGUAUUUGAAUUUAAAAGAAUUCUUUUUUCU